AUGGCUUCUCUCCUCUCCAAAGCCCACGACCGUCUCCUCGUAAAGAAACACUGCGCAGACGGAACAACCGAACCAGCCAAUUUCCUCGACAAUGACUCCAUCCGCCCAACCCCCGUCAAGGACCGGACCUGGACGUCCAUCACAUACUCUGCCUUUUGGUUCGCCGCCACAGCAAACGUGAGCAAUCUUUACGCGGCCUCUACCGGUCAAUCUGCCGGUCUCAGCAUGUGGGAGGCUCUGGCCUGCUCGCUUGGUGGCCAGUUGCUCGCUGGUUGUCUCAUGGCGCUGAAUGGUCGUGCUGGUGCAUUGUAUAGAAUUCCUUUCCCUGUUGCGUGUCGAGCGAGCUUUGGGACUUGGGGGGCGUUGUGGCCGACUUUUAAUCGUGCUGUGAUGUCGAUUGUAUGGAAUGGUGUGAAUGCUGUGCAGGGAGCGCAGUGUCUAUAUGUUUUUCUUCAUGCUAUCUUUCCUUCCAUCGCCAACAUUCCCGACAUUAUGGGCUCUAAAUCCGCCCUCAACUCGGCUCAAAUGCUUUGCUUCUUCCUCUACUGGCUUAUUAACUGCGCCUUUCUCUUCGUCCCCGUCCCGCGCAUGAGGAAGCUCGUCCACAUCAAGGUUGCCGUCUACUUCGCCGCCACCAUCGCCUUCGUGGCAUGGACACUAUCACUCUCCGGCAGCGUUCGCAAGACCUUGACUGAGCCAUCAACCGUCAAAGGCUCCGAAAAGUCCUGGUUGAUCCUCAAGUUCUUCUUCCUCGGACUUGCCAGUUGCGGCACUUUUAUUUCCAACGCAUCUGAUCUGCAACGUUAUGCCUCUAAGCCUAACGAUGUCAUUGCCGGUCAGGUUUUCAGUUUUCCCAUGUCCAACUUCUUGGUCGGCGUGUUUGGCAACUUAAUCGCGGCUGCAAGCAAGGGGAUCUUUGGCGAGGUCAUCUGGAAUCCGCUUACGACACUGGACAUGCUCAUGCAGGGUGAUCGCCAUACAUCUGCGAAUCGCGCGGGCUGUGCAUUGAUCUCUUUCGCUUAUGUCUACUCUACUGUCUUCUCAGCUAUUUUUGAGAAUUCUAUUCCCGCCGGAAACGACAUCGCAGCUCUCAUGCCCAAAUACAUUACAGUGAAGCGUGGCUUCUUUAUCUGUGCAGUUAUCUCAUACGCAAUUUGCCCAUGGUACCUGCUUUCAUCUGCAGCCGUGUUCAUCAACUUCCUCAGCUCAUACCAGAUAUUCCUUAGCGCCAUCACAGGUAUUCUUAUCUGCGACUACUACUUCCUCAGACGCGGCCUCUUCGAUAUACCCAUGCUUUAUUCAGGGCACAAGGACUCUACCUACCACUUCUUCCACGGCUUUAAUCUCAGAGCGUUUGCCGUCUACUUAAUUGCCGUUGCACCCAACUUCUAUGGAUUCCUCUACCAAAUGGGUGUUAGCGCACCAUUGGGUAUUCAGCGGUUCUAUUAUGUUGCUUAUCCUGUAGGACUCUUCUUGGCGUUUGGAAGCUUUUGGUUGAUAAACACACUCUUCCCGAGUAAGAAUAUUCCAAAGGUCUCGGGGUGGCAUGAACCUAGGGACUUUGUGGAGACCCAUGAUGGUACCUUUGUCAAUGUUGUGAUUGACUCGUCUGAUGCUGCCUCCGGGGAUCAGGAGAUGGGUAACGCUCAGAAGUCUGCCACGGAGAAGUAUUGA